UAGAGGUUGAAAACAAUGAUAUACAUUAUCCAGAAAUUGUGAAUAAUUUCGCACUCAAAUUGGAUGAAUUUGUAAUGGUAAAUAAUUUCGCACCCAAAUUGGAUGAAGUUGUGAAUCAUUUGGCACCCAAGUUGUGA